AUGACCGUGCGUGUGCUUAGCCGCAUCACCAUUGAACACAGACCCAACGGAAGCGGAGUCCACAAAAUAGUAAACAUUAAGAAAGCAAUAACUGCAGAACAGAUAACAGAAUGGUUUACAUUGGGCACCCAAUUUGCUAACAUUAGAAUCACAGAUGAACCUCCAAAAAAAGUAAAGUCGGAGGAGUCAUCAAGACCGAGGCGCUCCCUCUCCUCCACGUGCCACAGCAGCUCCCUGAUCAGUGUGCAGCUGGGUGUGCCUCCACCCCCAUUGGCCAGUUAUGACUACCCCAGCUUGCCCAUCACAAAGAAUAGACAGGAGCUCAUCUCUCUGAUCGAGAACAACUCUGUGGUGAUCAUUCGUGGAGCCACAUGCAGUGGGAAAACUACCCAGCUGCCCCAGUUCAUCCUGGACUACUACAGCGAGAAGAAUGCCCCCUGUAACCUCAUGGUCACCCAGCCUCGCAAAAUAGGCGCCAGCAGCAUUGCCCGAUGGGUUGCCAGAGAGCGCAAGUGCAGCCUGGGUAGUCUGGUGGGAUACCAGGUGGGCCUAGAGAAGAUGGCCACUGAACACACCAGACUUAUCUACAUGACCACUGGGGUGCUGCUGCAGAAACUGGUCGGAGCCAAGAGCCUGACUGAGUACUCCCACAUCUUCAUAGAUGAGGUCCAUGAGCGGACGGAGGAGUUGGACUUUCUCCUGUUGGUUGUGAGGAAGCUCCUCCAUUCCAACUCUCGUUACAUCAAGGUCAUCCUCAUGUCAGCCACCAUCAACUGCAGGGAGUUUGCAGAGUACUUUGGCACGCCUAUCCGCAGCCAGAUGAACCCAGCCUAUGUGUUUGAGGUGGAGGGGGCUCCCUACGCCAUCGAGGAAUUCUACCUGGAUGACGUCUGCAGCCUGAUUCCUUACAGGGUGGAUACCCACCAUCCAGAUGAACCUUACAUCACUGUGGAGAUGUACAACGUGGCUGUCAGCCUUAUCCAGAGCUUUGACGAGCUGGAGGCCAAAGAUCAGAGCAGGACUGAGCGGGAGGGAGGCCUUUCUCUGCCAGACCGAGGCAGUGUGCUGGUGUUCCUUCCUGGUCUGGGUGAGAUCCACUACAUGCAAGAGGCCUUGUCUAAGCUGGUGCGCAAGAGACUGCAGGUGUACCCUCUCCACUCCUCUGUCACUCUGGAGGAGCAGAACGGGGUGUUUCUGGUGCCUGUCCCAGGGUACAGGAAGAUCAUCCUCUCCACCAACAUUGCAGAGAGCUCUGUUACAGUCCCAGAUGUCAAAUAUGUGAUUGAUUUCUGUCUGGCGCGUCACAUGGUCUGUGACAAAGAGACCAGUUACCAGUCCCUCCGCCUCACCUGGGCCUCCAAGACCAACUGCAACCAGCGCAGAGGCAGGGCUGGGCGAGUUAAGGGCUACUGUUACCGGCUGGUGACCAAGGAGUUCUGGAGGAAUGAGAUCCCAGACUAUGUGGUUCCUGAGUUGGUGCGUGCCCCCCUGGCCAACAUCAUGCUGAAGGUGAAGCUACUGGACAUGGGUAACCCCCGCUCCCUCCUCUCCACUGCCCUCUCACCCCCCAACCUCAACGACAUCGAGAGGACUGUGCUCCAGCUCAAAGAGAUGGGCGCACUGUCCCUGGGGAACAAUGGGCAGGGCCAGAAGCGUUUUGAUGGAGAGCUGACGUUCCUGGGUCGGAUGCUGGCUCACCUGCCUGUGGACCUGCACCUGGGGAAGAUGAUCGUACUCGGACAUGUCUUUGGCUGUCUGGAGGAGUGCCUCAUCAUAGGUCAGAGCAAGCUGUCCUUUGCACACGGUGUGCCGAGUGAUUCCAUUGCUUUUGUCAACGCAUUCAAGGCUUGGCACACGUCCAGAAACAAGGGAGAGUUGAGGCACCCAAAGGAUGCGCUGGAGUGGGGCAAGGAGAACUGCAUCCAGAUCAAGAGGAUAAGAGAGGUGGCCGAGCUCUAUGAGGACCUGAAGAAGAGGGCGUCCCAGUUCAACAUGCACGUGAUUGAGAACCCAUUGCCCAUGGACUACUCCAGCCUCCACAAGCAGAGAUUCAUCUUGCAGGUGGUUAUCGCUGGUGCCUACUACCCCAACUACUUUGCCCAAGGGGAAAUGGAUGAAGAGCUGGCCUCCAAAGACCUGUCUGGCCAUGAUCCCAAAACAACAGUGCUGGUGAGGAACCUGCCCCCCUAUAGUUUCCUGUACUAUAAGCAGCUGCAGUCCCUGUUCCGCCAGUGUGGCCAGGUCAAGUCCAUAGCCUUUGAUGGAUCCAGAGGGCAUGUGGAGUUCUACCAGACGACUACCCGGGGGUCGGGGGUCCUCCCUGAGGUGUCACUGGCCCUCCUCCUGGCCCACCAGAGGCAUCCUCUGGACCUGUUUGUGCACCCCAGUGACGAGGUGGAGGCCCGCGCUGGGAGCAGAACCGUCUGCCACAUGAGAUGCGCUCGGGUGAAUGUGGACUUCAGGACAACUGUCUACCCAGUGGAGGUGCUGAGCAGUACCAUCGACCCAAACAAGCUGCCUUCCAACCCCAUCUUCGUGGUCAACAUCACAGAAGUGGUGGAGGUGGGCCACUUCUGGGGCUUCCAGGCAGGCGAGGCCAGCAUGGAGAAGCAGUGCUAUCUGACAGCUGAGAUUAAUUCUCGUGAACUGUGUCCAGUUCCUGUCUCCCUCUACCCCAACCUACUGUGCCUGGCACCUUUCUCUGAGGGCGACGAGCAGGGCCUCUACUACCGUGCCAAGGUCCUGCACGUCCGCGGCAGCUCUGUGGAGGUGUUCUUUUUGGACUACGGAAACACCACCCUGGUGUCAUGCAGCUGUCUGAGGGAGCUACCUGCUGAUAUCAUGGCCCACCCAUUGCAGGCACAGGAGUUUUGUAUCUCGGGGAUGCAUCCAUCUGCCCAGUCCAUGAUCCUGGGGGACCAGUGGAGCAGCCGCGCACGCAACCUCUUCAUAACACUAGUGAACGGCCGCUCACUCAUCGUCUCCCUGUUCUCUAUCCUGCACGGCAUCAUGCACGUGGAGCUGCUCAUCAACACCGACACGGUCACCUCCAGUGUGGCUGAUAUCAUGAUACAGGAGGGACACGCCGUUAAGGCCGAAGAGAGCUUUGAGUCCAAGCAGAGCCACGAGGUGCUGGUGUCUCUGUAGAAAGACUUGCAGGACGGAACCUUCACCCCCAACGCUACCAGCAGCUCCUGGAAGACCAACAAGGAGAAAGAGAAGCAGCUCAUCGACAGCCUGCUCCAGUCCUUCUCCAAGACCAGACGGUCCUUUCUGAAGAGCAAGGUUCCUGUGCAUGGCCCAUCCAGCCCUCACAAAGUCAACUUCCACAGCUUUUGCAAUGUCAGCCACUACAGGUCGGUGCGCAUAGAAAAGGACAGCAUCAACUCAGUGGCGUUGAAUGACAGUCCUCAGGACAGCCAUCAGAGGAUGCUGGUGGCUGGCGGAGUGUCUGUCAGUGCCACAGGCGCAUGCAUUCUACUGAAGGAGACUACGCUGAUGCCUCACAUCCACGGCCUGCCUGCUCUCAUCACCAUGCUCUUCAGCCCUGUCAUAGAGCUACGCACCAACGAGGAAAGGACCAGCUACACUGGCGCCCUCUGUGAUCUAGGGUGGAACGUCCAGUCUCAGGAGGCUGUCCUGCCUGAACAUGACAUAGAGCUCGCCUUUGAUGUCAAAUUCAAUGUAGAGGACAUCACAGAGAUCAAUGCGUUGCGUGGUGCCAUCAACCGUCUGGUGUGUGAGGGGCCCAACGGUCCUCUGCACCUGGGGCCUGACAGGAUCAACAGCCUGCAGAAGGACUGUUGCGAAUGCCUCGUCAGGUUAUUUACCAAGUCACCCCCUCGGGAAGACCUCGUUCCUGUGUACUAUGAGGAACCAAAUAAAUGGAACCAGGUGGAUCCCAGUCAGAAGAUGGAGAUUGUCCAGAAGGAAGAUGGAAAGAACAAAGGUGUCCUGUUCCAGCUACACCCUGUCACACUGCUCAACAUGUGAGGCCAUUCUAAAGCAGCAACCAGAAGCACAGCAUGCUGUUGUUUUCACCUUGACUACCAUUAUUUAUGUUUUACAAGAUUUUCUUAUGGAACCCUCAGGGAGGACAUUCUCUUUUGAUAAUUGUGGUAUUUAUUUGGAUCAUUUUUGCACAUGGUCCUGCCAUGCUUCUCAUGUCCUGAGUUUUUCUUCAGCUUUACUAUUGCGUGUUAGGUGUUUGGAAAGUAUAACUUUCUAAUUUUAGGAUAUAAAUCAUUGAUAUUCAAGGAAUGGAACUCCUUUUCUUUUGUAUAAAUUAAUCGACUUAAAGUCAAGGUAUGGUGCUAGCUUUAGUUUAGUGACCUGACAGCCAAGUUAAAUUUGUCACCUCAGCAUACACGCAACAGGAAAGGGCCUUCUGUGCCAGAAGGUAUCUAUGUUUGUUCAUAGAAUGUUAUUUCAAAUCACUUUGGAUAUUUAUCCAGUGUUGUAUGCACUCUGUACCAUUACGAAACAUCUCGUAUGUCCUAAUAUUUCUAACUCAAGACGAGACUGCUCUCGUCAACUUCUUUUUUGUCUUGGACCCUAUUUUUAGUAAUGCAUCUGAAAAAUGAUAACAUUAUACAUCAAGGAACAUUUAUUUGUCUUCUGUAAUUAAAUACAUACUGUAAGUGCAAAUAGUUAGACCAGGGUCUAAGAACUACAUUGAGUAUAGGUGAACAUAGUACAAAGUUGGACAGUUAAUUCAAACAAGCUAAAUAUCAUCAGAUACUCCUUGUCUUCAUAGUAGUUGACCAACAGUACCUAAAACAUGAUAUUGUGUGUAGUUAUGCAAAAAAAAACUACAAUUACCACAUCAAAUGAUUUCGUGCUUGAAAACAAAGGAAAUCAUUGAUAUUUAUUGACUAUAUAUAUAUAUACUGAGAGAAGCCCCACCAGCUAACUCAGAAACAUGAAGCAGUAUUUAACAUUGGCAGCAGAGCAUUUCUGUAGGCAUAUCGCUUUUUUUGUGCCAAACCUUAGUUUGUUGUAAGCACUGAAGGAAAAUAAAAACUAGUGUGAAAACUGCACGAAAGAUACAAAAUAAUAUUUACUCAAGGCUUGACUUCAUGCGCUUAAUAACAAGCAACACAAAAAUACAUUUUCUUCCAAAUUGUGUACUUGUCUACCUAGACUUAUCUUGAACAUGGGUGAUUGACUGUGUGUGUGUUAACCAUUCUAGACAGUUUUGGGGUCAAGGCUUCUCCAGUGGUUGGUUUUAGAGAACACCUUCUAGAUGACAUAGUACUACCCCCAGAUAAUGACAAGGCUAUCCAACAAUGAUCAAGCUGUCUGCCACUGAGUCUGAGCUGGACUCCACUGUUAGCAAGACGCAGGUCUACUCUUCCUUUCGCUUGGCCCCAGGGAUCUUCGCCUGGAUCCUGUCAAGACAAAACAUGGAGGUCAUCACUCUGAUACAGUGUUAAACUUUUCUAGUUUGUAUCAAUAUGAACAUCAUUCCAAUCUAUUUUAUAGUGGGAUGUUCCAGGGACUAGUGUGAUUAUUCUCGAGUAAAAAAGGUCAUAACUACUACUCAC